UGGGGUUUCCCGUGUCUCUGGGGCAGGAAGACAGGUCCGGGCUAGCAUCGCUUUAUGGCAAGUUUAAACUGCAGCAUUCAACCUGUCGGGAGUCCGCUUUACUGAAGAUCUAGAGGGUUAAUCCUAAACCAUGUGGAAUGGCUUCCACAUCUGGAAUAGUCCAUAUUAGGGCAAUGCUGGGCAUGUUAAGAACCGCUCAAACAGUGCUUGGAAAGAAAUGAUAAUUUUUUUUAGCGAUGAUCUGGGGCAUAUUUAAGCCGACAUUCCUGCUAGAUGAACGUGCUGGCCUAGGAUCAGGCAAGAAAAGGCUGAACGCCUUUCUAAGGACGGACUCUUUCUGUACAGCUCCACUUGGGGAAGGUGAGUCUGCCCCGCCCGUGGCGGAGAGGCGAUGCCCAGGCUGCUGAAUCCGGUCCCUGGCGUGGUUCCAGCUCUGCUCUAGGAGACCCGGCGCUCUGAGACCUCAUAGACAGCCCGAAAUGGGGAUGCCACCCUUGCUCUUCUGUUGGGUGUCUUUCGUGCUUCCACUUUUUGUGGCAGCAGGUAACUGUACUGAUGUCUAUAUGCACCAUGAGAUGAUUUCAGAGGGCCAGCCUUUCCCCUUCAACUGCACAUACCCUCCAGUAACAAACGGGGCAGUGAAUCUGACAUGGCAUAGAACACCCAGUAAGAGCCCAAUCUCCAUCAACAGACACGUUAGAAUUCACCAGGACCAGUCCUGGAUUUUGUUUCUUCCGUUGGCAUUGGAGGACUCAGGCAUCUAUCAAUGUGUUAUAAAGGAUGCCCACAGCUGUUACCGAAUAGCUAUAAACCUAACCGUUUUUAGAAAACACUGGUGCGACUCUUCCAACGAAGAGAGUUCCAUAAAUUCCUCAGAUGAGUACCAGCAAUGGUUACCCAUAGGAAAAUCGGGCAGUCUGACGUGCCAUCUCUACUUCCCAGAGAGCUGUGUUUUGGAUUCAAUAAAGUGGUAUAAGGGUUGUGAAGAGAUUAAAGUGAGCAAGAAGUUUUGCCCUACAGGAACAAAGCUUCUUGUUAACAACAUCGACGUGGAGGAUAGUGGGAGCUAUGCAUGCUCAGCCAGACUGACACACUUGGGGAGAAUCUUCACGGUUAGAAACUACAUUGCUGUGAAUACCAAGGAAGUUGGGUCUGGAGGAAGGAUCCCUAACAUCACGUAUCCAAAAAACAACUCCAUUGAAGUUCAACUUGGCUCCACCCUCAUUGUGGACUGCAAUAUAACAGACACGAAGGAGAAUACGAACCUCAGAUGCUGGCGAGUUAACAACACCCUGGUGGACGAUUACUACAACGACUCCAAACGCAUCCAGGAAGGAAUCGAAACCAAUCUGUCUCUGAGGAAUCACAUUCUGUACACAGUGAACAUAACAUUCUUAGAAGUGAAAAUGGAGGACUACGGCCAUCCUUUCACAUGCCACGCUGGCGUGUCCGCAGCCUACAUCAUUCUGAAACGCCCAGCUCCAGACUUCCGGGCUUACCUCAUAGGAGGUCUCAUGGCUUUCCUACUUCUGGCCGUGUCCAUUCUGUACAUCUACAACACCUUUAAGGUCGACAUCGUGCUUUGGUAUAGGAGUACCUUCCACACUGCCCAGGCUCCAGAUGACGAGAAGCUGUAUGAUGCCUAUGUCUUAUACCCCAAGUACCCAAGAGAAAGCCAGGGCCAUGAUGUGGACACACUGGUGUUGAAGAUCUUGCCCGAGGUGCUGGAGAAACAGUGUGGAUAUAAGUUAUUCAUAUUUGGCAGGGAUGAAUUCCCUGGACAAGCUGUGGCCAGCGUCAUUGAUGAAAACAUUAAGCUGUGUAGGAGGCUGAUGGUCCUCGUGGCACCAGAGACAUCCAGCUUCAGCUUUCUGAAGAACUUGACUGAAGAACAAAUCGCUGUCUACAAUGCCCUCGUCCAGGACGGCAUGAAGGUCAUUCUGAUUGAACUGGAGAGAGUCAAGGACUACAGCACCAUGCCCGAGUCCAUUCAGUACAUCCGACAGAAGCACGGGGCCAUCCAGUGGGAUGGGGACUUCACAGAGCAGGCACAGUGCGCCAAGACGAAAUUCUGGAAGAAAGUGAGAUAUCAUAUGCCACCCAGGAGGUACCCGGCAUCUCCCCCCGUCCAGCUGCUAGGACACACACCCCGCAUACCAGGCUAGUGCAGUGCCACCGCCACGGGGCUCAUAACUCCUUAAGAGCGGUUAGUGUGUGGUGGCUCGCACUACAACCUCUCUGGAUCAUCUACCCCCGUAGCUUGCUCUUUUGUGCUUGUGAGCGACCUCGUCCUUAGCCACGUCAUAUUUUGAUUUUUUGUUUGUUUUGUUUGUUUGUUGUAUGCUUUUAGUCAUAGCUGAUUCGUACUACUCCUGUUUGCUUCAUGGUUCCUGAAUCCCCAGAGACUCCCCUGAGCAUGGGUGGCUAUCAUGUUGGGCCUCCAUAUCAGCGAGAUCUUGAGGAUGACAGAUCAGGUGACCAGGAUGCUUAGUCCUGGUUUGGGAUGGGAGGCUGGGCAGUCUGAGGAUGCCAAGUGGCCAGCCUUGGGGAAGACCAGAAAGAGCAGUAGUUCAAUGUCUGUGUUUGUACAGGGUUCACCAGGCUCUGGUCCUCAGGCACUGUAGACUGCAUUUGAAUCCCCUUCAUUCUCCUAUCGCAUUUAGAUAACUCACCAUUGUGGGAACGGGACCGAGGACUGGGGGUUGAGGGGAAGAAAGAGGUGACAGAGUCACGCGAUGAAUCCUGGGAAAUCAGACUCUGGAGACUAGCAUCAGGGUGCGUUCUGAGUUUAUUGCGCAGCACUAUGUAGUAUUUACAGCGUUCGAGCCAAUCCCAGGCCCUAGAUGUUCAGCCAAUCAUAUCUUGCUACACCAUCACCAUGCCCCAAUGAAAGCCCUGCCCGAUGAGGUAACUCAGAAGGAGUAGGGAUGGGGAGCAUCAUUACAUGUUAGGACUUCCGUGAAGAUGGAGGAAGCAGCCUCCGCCCUGACCCGGGUUCCUUUUCUGCUGCUUCACGGAUGCUCCAGGAGCCACAUUGGAUCUAGUGCCGUGUGCAGCAAAUCAUUACUCUGAGGAGUCGCAGGAGCCUUUGACACCUCACUCUCCACCCACUUUUUCCUUCAUAGAGUUGACCUCCACAUCCCCCAAACCAUGGAACAAUAACGAUGCCCCUACAAGCUGCUUAGAUGUCAUCAGGACCAAUGGUCUCCGUUUCCCUCCUUCCCAGCCCCUGUGAAACUGACUAUUCUAGGAAAUUGGAGUAAGAGACACCCGUGCACCAUUUCUCAUUUUACUACUGGCUUCUUUCAUACACCUCGAGUUCCUCAAGAUUCAUCCACGGACUCACCUUUGGUUUUUAUUAUUAUUAUCACUACUCUGUCUUUCUCUUCUUUUUUCUUUCUCUUUAUUUUUUUCCCCCUCCUCAUGAGCGCACGGAGAGGAGCACAGACUCCCUUCAUGCCUGCAGGGUGAUGAGCUCACUGAGGGCCCCUUCAAUCUCAUGCUUGUAAGUUUUGCUUUUCAGUUUCUCUUUGCACCAUGGGAAUUGAAGCUUCUUACAGAGGAUUUGGGGGUUCAGGUAGAGUAAGGCGUUUGUUGCUUCCAAGGAUGUCACCGACUGGCUCCUUCUUCUGUCUUCCUCACCCUGCAUGGGCUUUUGCUUCUGGUUGAUUCCUGGAAAUUGCCAGCAGUACUGGUGAACCCUAGGGGCAGGGCCAACUAACAGGACUUGGCCUUUCUUUUUUGGAGCUCAGGACACAGAGCCUGCCUAGUCGGGCCAGGACACCCCGGGUGGUUCCACUCUGCUCAACGGUAACCUAUCUGCCUGUUUGACUUCCAGGCGGUACAAUCUGGACUUUUUUUUUUAGCAAAGUGAUGAACAUUGGGUCCUUUGGUGAGAACGUGGGGGCAUCUCUCCCCAUUUAAAUUUGGACUCUUACUUCCUUGGUCAUUUCCCUCUGAAAAAAUUCAUGAGGCAACGUGAGUAGCAGGGAGACAUCACCCUGCGUCUUCUCUAUGAUUCUCCUCGACACACCUGUGACCACUAAUAUUAGAAAAUGUGUUUUUUAGAGGUGAUGCGUUCAUUUCCCUUGUUCUGGCCACACUUAUUAGCUGAGGCUGUCGCAAGAAAGGAAAGAUAACUCAUUUGAAGUAAAUAUUUCCCGGAAAUCCCUGACUUCUGUGAGGCCGAUCAUCUGAUUUUUUUUAAACCGAAUUGUCUUUUUUGGUCAGAAAGCUUUCCUCUUGCCAACAUGUCUUAAACUUUUGCUUAAACUUAUUGGAGAUGUAUUAUGCACACUAAUAUGUGAGUGUGUUAUAUUAGCACAUUGACAUUUUUAAUAAAGUAUAUUUUAAUAAAUCA